AUGGAAUCGCGCUCAUCGAUGAGAUCUGAGGAACAUUAUAACAGUAAUGAACGUAAUGUUUAUACUCAAUGUGAAUAUAGCGAUGGUGAUUGUGAUGCUAUCUCAUCUUCUAAACGUGCCGAACACAACCUCAUGAAUAAUUUUCGAGAACAAUUAAAUUUGCAUGUAAGACGAGAAUCAUUGAACACUUCCGAUAACAAAAUGCUUGAUCAAGAUCUCGGCCAUCCACCAGCAGCACAUGACGCUCCUCCAGGAAGUUGUUUUGGUUCAUUACAGUCGGAUUCUUCACUUAGUGGGACAUUUCGAUCGCGAUCGCGUUCAGAUGCAACGACUUCACCAGUAUCUUGUCGUCAUAGUAUGGGAACAAUAGUAUUAUUUCCAAAUAGAGCAGAAAAACGACCCAAAAGUCAUCAUUUUCGUCCACGUAACGAGAGACAUAGUGUAUGUGUAACAGAUCUGCCAAGACUGAAAAAUACCAAUUCUUUCUUGGAACCAAGUUCUUUAUUCGUAGAUACUGGACUUGCAAAUGAUUCAGUGAUGAAUAAUGAGUGGCAUAAACCGUCGAGCACAGUCGAAACAAGAUCAGACAUGUGGAAUUCACCGGUACUUUUCGGUUACUUGACUGCAGAGAUUUCAUAUAUUUUGAAUUCUUUAAGUUGUAAGUAUGGUCAUUACGAUCAACGUACUCGACAUACUGGAUCGGAGCCGACAUCACCUUUCAGCAAAUACGCUAUUGUUAUCAAAGAAUUGAGAGUAGUUCGUGAAGAGAAAGAUCAUGCGAGAGAACAAAAUAGCAGAGAUUUACCUCAUGUUUCAGUUGUUGUUGAACGAAGGUUUGCUGGCACCUUUGCUGACUACUUUUGGGCUGAUGUUAAUAUGGUUUGCCUGCAUUAUCGCAUAAGUACUGGCUGUUUUAGGGAUUUCUGUUUUUUCUAUUAUGAUAUCUGGAAUUUUUAGAG